AGCUCACCUGCUUGUUUUUAUUUUUCCGAGAAGGUCUGUGUUGUCUCCUUAAGCUUAUGAAAACAGACCAAGCGCUGGGGUGGCCUCCUCUCAAAGUCAAGGCUAGAAGAGUCUCGUUUUUCACACCCCCACCCCACCCCCGCUUUCUGGUACAAAAAAAAAAAAAUCAUUUCCUUUCCUAAACUAGGUAGGCAGAUGCCUAUUAGCAGAGUACGCAUGGGCAGGGCCUGACAGGUGUGUUGUGUCAAGAAAGACAGGUGUAAAUUUCCUCUGUUUGCAGGGCUCCAGACCUCAAGGCUUGCUGGAGGGCUGUAGAGGGUUAUGAAUUUAUGGUUGUCUUGGCUCCUAAGGGUUCUGGGGCUACUAGCUACUGGACUGUUGUAUUUUGAGGCCCACCAUAUGAGUUCUUUGGGAGGAGCAGGGGUGGGAGUGCUGGUGUCCAGUUGGUAUGUAUUUGUUUAUUUUUCUUAAGGAUGUUGGCAGGCUGCUGCUAAGGCUGUGUUUCAGGCUUCUGUCUGCUAGGGAGCCAAAAGAACCCCCACUUCAGGCAGCAGGUGGAAGGGAGACUGACUUUCCUUUUCGUUCCCUCCGGUUUAUGCCUGUCUCAUAGGUCUGUACUUGGCAGAGAGAGGGAGGAGAAGGGACUGGGAGACACACACACACACACACAGAGGGAGAGAGAGAGAGACAGACCUUGGGGUGUGUGUGUGUGUGUGUGUGUGUGUGUGCGUGUGUUGGACAACUAUGGUGAUGUGUAACUGCCAAAAAUACCACAGUCGGUCUGAAAGUGUUACUGGUGUGAAAGCCUGUCUUUUAAUGUGCUGGUUCCUCCCGGCCCAGAAAGAAUAGGGUCCCGGGAUUCUUGAGCUGUGCCCAGCUGACGAGCUUUUGAAGAUGGCACAAUAACCGUCCAGUGAUGCCUGACCAUGACAGCACAGCCCUCUUAAGCCGGCAAACCAAGAGGAGAAGAGUUGACAUUGGAGUGAAAAGGACGGUAGGGACAGCAUCUGCGUUUUUUGCUAAGGCAAGAGCGACGUUUUUUAGUGCCAUGAAUCCCCAAGGUUCCGAGCAGGAUGUUGAGUAUGCAGUGGUACAGCAUGCAGAUGGGGAAAAGUCAAAUGUACUCCGCAAGCUGCUGAAGAGGGCGAACUCGUAUGAAGAUGCCAUGAUGCCUUUUCCAGGAGCAACCAUAAUUUCCCAGCUGUUGAAAAAUAACAUGAACAAAAAUGGUGGCACGGAGCCCAGUUUCCAAGCCAGCGGUCUCUCCAGUACGGGCUCCGAAGUACAUCAGGAGGAUAUAUGCAGCAACUCUUCAAGAGACAGCCCCCCUGAGUGUCUUUCCCCUUUUGGCAGGCCUACUAUGAGCCAGUUUGAUAUGGAUCGCUUAUGUGACGAGCACCUGAGAGCAAAGCGUGCCCGGGUGGAGAAUAUAAUCCGGGGGAUGAGCCAUUCCCCCAGUGUGGCAUUAAGGGGCAAUGAAAAUGAAAGAGAGAUGGCCCCGCAGUCUGUGAGUCCCCGAGAAAGUUACCGAGAAAACAAACGCAAGCAAAAGCUGCCCCAGCAGCAGCAACAGAGCUUCCAGCAGCUGGUUUCAGCCCGCAAAGAACAGAAGCGAGAGGAGCGCCGACAGCUGAAACAGCAGCUGGAGGACAUGCAGAAGCAGCUGCGGCAGCUGCAGGAGAAGUUCUACCAGAUCUACGACAGCACCGAUUCUGAAAAUGAUGAAGAUGGAAACCUGUCCGAAGACAGCAUGCGCUCCGAGAUCCUGGAGGCGCGGGCCCAGGACUCGGUGGGGAGGUCAGACAGUGAGAUGUGCGAGCUGGACCCGGGACAGUUCAUCGACCGGGCGCGGGCCCUCAUCCGAGAGCAGGAGAUGGCAGAAAACAAGCCCAAGCGAGAAGGCAGCAACAAAGAGAGAGAGCACGGGCCAAACUCCUUGCAACCGGAAGGCAAGCACUUGGCUGAGACCCUGAAACAGGAGCUCAACACUGCCAUGUCACAAGUCGUAGACACUGUGGUCAAAGUCUUUUCGGCCAAGCCCUCCCGCCAGAUUCCUCAGGUCUUCCCACCUCUCCAGAUCCCCCAGGCCAGGUUUGCAGUCAAUGGGGACAACCACAAUUUCCACACUGCCAACCAGCGCCUGCAGUGCUUUGGCGACGUCAUCAUUCCAAACCCCCUGGACACCUUUGGCAACGUGCAGAUGCCCAGUUCCACAGACCAGACAGAAGCACUGCCCCUGGUGGUCCGCAAAAACUCCUCUGACCAGUCUGCCUCCGGGCCGGCCGCUGGCGGCCACCACCAGCCCCUGCACCAGUCGCCUCUCUCGGCCACUGCGGGCUUCACCACCUCCACCUUCCGCCACCCUUUCCCCCUCCCCUUGAUGGCCUACCCAUUUCAGAGUCCGUUAGGUGCUCCCUCCGGCUCCUUCUCGGGAAAGGACAGAGCCUCUCCUGAAUCCUUAGACUUAACUAGGGACACGACGAGCCUGAGGACCAAGAUGUCAUCUCACCACCUGAGCCACCACGCUUGCUCACCAGCACACCCACCCAGCGCGGCUGAAGGGCUCUCCUUGUCGCUCAUAAAGUCCGAGUGCGGGGAUCUUCAAGACAUGUCCGAAAUCUCACCCUACUCGGGAAGUGCAAUGCAGGAAGGAUUGUCACCCAAUCACUUGAAAAAAGCAAAGCUUAUGUUCUUUUAUACCCGUUACCCCAGCUCCAAUAUGCUGAAGACUUACUUCUCCGAUGUAAAGUUCAACAGAUGCAUUACCUCUCAGCUGAUCAAGUGGUUUAGCAAUUUCCGUGAGUUUUACUACAUUCAAAUGGAGAAGUACGCCCGCCAAGCCAUCAACGACGGGGUCACCAGCACAGAAGAGCUGUCCAUAACCAGAGACUGUGAGCUGUACAGGGCCCUGAACAUGCACUACAAUAAAGCAAAUGACUUUGAGCAGGUUCCAGAGAGAUUCCUGGAAGUUGCGCAGAUCACAUUACGAGAGUUUUUCAAUGCCAUUAUCGCAGGCAAAGAUGUUGAUCCUUCCUGGAAGAAGGCCAUAUACAAGGUCAUCUGCAAGCUGGAUAGUGAAGUCCCUGAGAUAUUCAAAUCCCCGAACUGCCUACAAGAGCUGCUUCAUGAGUAGAGAUUUCGACCACUCUUGAAUGUAUGAAUAGUAGCGGUCCCCUUUGGAUGUCUGACUUCCUGUAUGUGUCUGGAUUUUGAUUUCAUCUGUGUGUGUAUGGGAGGCAUGGGUAUGUUAUGAAAUCAGCUGGUUAUUCCCCCUCAUCAUCUUUCUCUCACUCCCUUGAUUGUUUUGCAUUACAAGGGGAUGGUUAUUUUCCUUCUUCCUUUAGUUUACUUUUGCCCGAGGCCCUUAACAUUUGGAGACUAAAACAGAGGGUUAAUUUUCAGGGAAAAAGAAUGCUGGAGUGUGUGAAGUAUGUUCGCAAGAAGGGCAUUUGGCAAAGAUGCCUCUGCUUGUUUGGUGGCAUAUUGCAAAUGGUGGUGGCCGAGGCCACGCCAUGACACUGCACAGCACUACAGAUGGUGGCUUGUCUCUGCUUUUCACUGUUAAGGAGGUCUAAAAAUGCAAAGGAACCACUUCAUACAUUUAAAUAUUUUGUUUGGUUUGAACUCUGUAAGUAGCUUUUUCUUUCUUUCUUAAUGAAAUAACACCAAUGACAAAUGAGGAGCUCACUUUUCAAAAAUACCCCCAAAGGCCAAAUUGCAAAGAAAAAUAAUUGCUCUCAGGCCCUUCCUUAGAGAAAUGGCAAACACCCCCCUCCCGACUAGCAGUACCAGUUUCUAAUGGAGGCAAAGCGAUUUUGUACCCUACUGACUCUUUCAAGACGGGACUUGAAACCCAUACCUGCUUUCUGGCCACCUCUCCAGACUCUGUAGUUGGUUCUUCUUCCUACUAAGUGAGCUUUUAGGUCGGUUUUCAUAGAGAAAAAGGCUGUGCUUUGCUAUCGUUUUCUAUUUAUUUUGCUUCAGCUAUUAAAAAGGCACAUACAUUUGAGGUUUACUCUGCUUCACUUUGUUGAUACGCCUACGAGAAUUGUUAUUUCUGUUCAAUUAACUUUUUUUCUGAACCCUCAUUUUCUGAAUGCCUUUCUACAAUAAGGAAUAAAGGAAUCCCCAAUGGACCAUACAAUCCUCACCUACGCUAGAAGUUGCAGCUGGUCUGUGUCCGUGUGUGAUUGCACACUACACGGAUGGGUAUUCAAAGUGGUGAUGGCUAAGUGUUUCUUCACUGUAGUUAUCACAUCUUAAAGCAGCCCAUACUAUCUCUUCUAAUUCAGAAGCUAAUAUUGACCAAAAUGUGAGACGCAUAGGAAAGUUUGGGGUUAACUCAAAAGACACAAUUUCAGCACAGCUAAGAGAGCUAGCUGCUGAACCGUGCAUUCGUCAGUGGGUCUCUUCUUUUUUCUUUCUUUUCCAGUUUUUCAAUGAUGCAGUGUCCCAUACUUGCGUUUUAAAAGUCAAGCGGCAUGCACACUUGUUUCCUUGGGUGGGGUUUUGUGUUCUAACGCAGUAAGAAUCCAAUAUUCUCUUUAAUAGUGUUUUCCAGGCCCAUCCUUCCCUUUUGAUCUACGGCUCUAAAACGACACAGUACCAAACCUGGUAUUUAAAUCACACAGAAGAUAAAUGCCAUUCCCCCUUAAUUUUCAUAAAAAAGAUGCAUUUGACUUUGGAGAACGCAGGUAGACUUGUGACUGCCGACCAGGCCGGAUCGUUGCUGUUCAACGUCAUUUAUAAAUUCUGCUGAUGGAUGGGAAUGUGGGAACACAGUCAUUGUCAGCACAAAGCCUUAAAACCUGCUGACUUUAAAUUCAGUGGUGCAGUGCUCCGGUGCCCUGAUCGCCCGGACACUAACAGGCGCUGGAAGUGUGGCCAGGUCCUGCAGUGGCCGGGGCUGGGACACUGACCCAUCUACCCUGCGUCCGGGGCCAUGCCCACCCCCCAGUGGCAUCCUCCCACCCAUGUGCACAUAUAUAUCAGCACCUAUUUAUCACCACUUCUGGUCACACUUCUGACUUGCUUAUUUGGCAUCACGUGAUUUCAUUGCUUGUGUCACUCACUGCACAAUGAGAUCUUUGCUGUUCCGUGUAAUUCACAUCAGCAGCACGUUGCUCUUUGCAAGGUAAAAGGCAAAGAAGCUGUAGCAGAUUCACCUUGGGAAACAGACUGCGAGUUAUCGCCUCUCAAUCUGUGGCAAGUGAAGUAGUGAUUCCAAGUUUAUUUGGAUUUUGAAUGUGCUUUUCCCCUGCCUUUGUAAUUUAAAUAGGCAAAUCAAACACGUGUGUGUUUGCAGGCGAACAUCUCAGCUACCGAGGAGACCCUCCAAGUUCCAAGUAGAAAUCGCAAUGUGAGGAUAAACACACCUCGGUUCUCAAAGUCUUUGCUUUUAGGUGAUCUCUCCUCCACUUAGGCAAUCAGAAUCUUGUACACCGGAGAAUGACAAAAGCCUGUCUCUCAAAACGCUUAUUGAACAGUGUUUUUUAAAAACCACCACCUUCCAAAGUUCAGGUCAGCUCUCACCAAGUAAAAAGUGGGGUCCAUAGGAGAAAACUGACUUUCCGUGGUGGGAGGGUGAAAGUGGGGGACAGUUGACAUAGGAGAGAAAAAAGUCCAAAGUCCACGUUGCAAUUCCACACUACCACUUACUUUCUGUUAACUAAAUUCUUUUCUGCGUGUACACUUGAGGUUAUAGUCUGUGCCUAGAUCUAAAAAUGCACCAGCGGGGGGAUUUUAAAAAAUCCUUCAAAAUACCAGUUUUCUCCCACAAAGUACAAUUGUUCUUGUGCCUUCUGUGGCUUUCGAAUUCAUCUUUUUGACUUUGUUUCCAAUUACUACAGCUGCAAUAAACACUAGAUUUUUUUUCCUGGCUGUUUGACAUAACGUUGAUAGCUAUGCAUAUUUUGUGUCUUUUUAAAACGAAGCGGGAGAAAUACGUUUUUGAAGAAGAGAAUUUUUAGAACCGUUUGAUACCGCAAAUUAUUUUUUCCUCAAUUGUUCGAGCAGCAUCCGAGUUUUGAAAAUUCUUGUAGAAGCCAAUUUUUUGUAACUGUGGUGCAAAUCUUGUGUUUUCUUAGCCUGAUGAAAAGUAGUAUAGAAGCAAUAUUUCAUACCGUGUGCUCUGUAUGUGUGUGCACAUGUGUGGACGCGGAAACACAUCCACACGUACACACACAUGUAAAAAUAUAUAUAUGCGUGUGAAGUGGAAAACUUUCCUUUUCCUAUCUAGAUUUGAGAACCUAUUUUAGACAUUUGUUAUGUUUUGUGAGAAGAAUGUUCUAUUUGCGACAACAAAAAUUUAAUUCUUACCGUCUCUCUGGCUGUUUAAUAAGGAUGUUUCACAUUAAAUGGUAAAAUAUGUGGAAGAUGUUAGAAAGUAGCAGUUAUUUAAGUAACUUCACCCACAGAUUCCUAAAGUUUGCUUUGUGCCUCCGAGUAUUAUUUAAUUAAAGUGUUUUAUGUUUGCAGAAUCUUUGUUACUGUACUGGGAACGUGGGUGAAUAUCAUUUAAAAGAUUUAAAACAACAGUAAAAAAAAAAGCAAAAUGGAUAAACACUAAAGCAAGAGGGGAACUUUUAUAAAGCAAUGUAAAUAUUUAACCUCAUGGCUGUUGUUACGUAAGACAUGAGAUUUUAAUAAAUAACUACAUUCUCACAACAUCUGUUGAAUUUAUUAGGAACACUACAGUGACUGUAUAGACAGUUGAAAGCAUUCUUGAAAAUCCUGCUCUCUACUUUUAAAAGAUAACAGUCUCUUUUAUCAGAUGUCAAGGGCAAGGGUAAUUCAGUUUCUGUAAAUUUAUGAAAUUUCUUUUAUGUACAUGAAGACAUUUAGGAAGUGCCCCAUGCCCACACAUAUGCAGGUUAAUAUAGAGUCAUUAAGCUAAAGGUUUGGGGGGGUUAAGAUAGGAUGCCCCCCAAAACAAUCAUAGAUUCAUCAGCGAACAAGUGGUUUACAGACCCCCCUGAGAGCAGUGUAUAUCUGAAGAGAGUACAAAAUCUCUUUGCCAUGUAUAUUAUAUUCAUUGGUGUGGCUAGUACAAAUGUUUCCUUCUAGUACAAACUCUGUGUUUGCAAAUUCCAAGAAGCAUUGUUUUUAAAAAGCUCCCCUUAAAAACACAUAACUGUUUGAUAUGAGUGAGCAGUUACUGUAUUGCACUUAAAUGUUCUGUUGAAGGAAGUGCAGUUUUGUUUUCUGUAGAUCUGUUGGUUGUGAACCAUCUAUAAGAACUAAAGUUCAAAUGCUCAUGUUCAGAGCUGGGAUCAAAACUGGUAUUUAACCUUUGCGUCUUAUUGUAGUUCUCCUUCUAAGAAUAUAACAGAAUGCGGAAGCGACUGGACUUUGAGUCUUUUCAGCUGAGCCCUCUCUCAAAUCGGACACCUCGCGAGCGCACAGACAGAUGCGGAAGAGGCGGACAGGCUGGCCUUCCUUUGCGAAAAUGUACUCAUUCUGUAUUUUUUCAAUGCACAAUUCCUCCAUGUAGAGAGAUAAGGAAGCUGUAUGAAAGUUGUACAGUACCACUUCAAAGGUAGAACAGGAAAAACGAAUUUGGGGUUGGUCUCAGAGCUACCUAGAAAAAUCAAAGAUCGUGGCUUCCCCAACGUCCCGGCCAUUUCUCAUAUGUAAAUAGUAUAAACCGUGACAAAACACUGCCUUUAUAUUAUUUAGCAAUAUGUUGUAAAUAGCAUUAUGAAGCUCUUUCUUUUGUAAUAAAGACCCUUUGAUUUGAAUAUAGUACAAUAACUGAACUGAUAAAGUCAAUUUUUGAUUUUUUUUUAGCUAGAGGCAAUUUCAAUUGUGGAUUUUUGUUAUUGUCUAUUGUUCUGAAGACUUUGCAUAAUUUAUUGGUUUAAUUUAUCCUAAUUUAUUUGAUGAAGGUGUACAAUUUUGUAUUACCAAGGAUGUACUGUAAUAUUAAUUGAUAUGAUAAAAAACAAUGAGACUCCCUGUCCAUAUUAAAAAGAAAAAUAAAAAAGGUGCAGUAGACAAUUGAUUUUAAAGUAAAAGUUUAAAAAAUUUAGUUUGGCAGCUACUAAAUUUUAAAACAGGAGGAAAAAUAAACACAUCGUUGUGGGGGGUGGGAAGGGGUUUUCCUUUGUGUGUUUUAAGCUUUUGUAUACUCUCCAAACUUUUACCUUUUGCUUUGUACCACUUAAAGGAUACAGUAGUCCAAUUGCCUUGUGUGCCUUCCAUCUUCUCUUAAACUGAAUGUAUGUGCAGUAUAUAUGCAAGCUUGUGCAAAAUAAAAUAUACAUUACAAGCUCA